AAGAUGAAGAUUGAUACCAGCCUGACUAUUUCCCAGCCUUCAGAGGCCCUGUCCCAAGCUGGUCUUCAGUUUGAUGUUGCUACUGAGGAGGACUUUGAUGAAAUUAUGGCAAUGAGUCAGGACAUCUAUGGAGGUCUGGACUACCUUCCCACCAGAUACACUAGCUGGCUUCAGGAGACUAAUCGCACAGUUAUAGUUGCUCGCAAAGAAGGGAAAGUGAUCGCUCUAGAGUCGGUUUGUGUGAUUGAUGAUGGAGAAACCAUGCUGGUGGAGGGUCUCCGAGUCGCCCCUGAAGAAAGGGGGAAGGGCGUGGCAGGUGUUCUGCUGCGCUUUUGCUCUGAGCUUGUGAAGUCCAAGUAUCCAGAGGUAAAAGUGUGUCGCCUGACCCGUGACGAUCGACUUGGACCCAAAGACUUUCAGAAGUACCGUGUCAUAACGAAGCAGGGAAUUCUGUUGGUGCGUUUCGGAGCUGAGGAGCUCAAGCUGCAAAUUUCUAAUUUUAUUUCAAACAAGGGCAUCCAUUCCUCCAUGUCCAGUCCUUCUGCUGUGCGUCUCGAUCAUAAAUCUGUUCAUCAGCUUUACCUAACUACUGACCUGAUGCACGGGGUCCUUCCUAACACCACUAUAAUUCAAGACUGGCAGCCGUUCAAGCUACUGCCCAGUAACUUUGCCAUCCUGCUGAAGAAGAACAUCGACUGGAUGGUGGAUGAGGUGUCCAACCCCACAGUGGCCAGCCUGUGCACGUUCCCAUUCAAGGUGCCCAUUGGAGAUGACUGGUAUUACCUGAACAUUGACAUGUACGGUAAAGACCUGAGCUUGGUUCAGCAGCAGUUGCUGUGCCACCUGCAGUGCCACACGGCUACCUUGAAGGGCCACGUGAUGUGCCAGAUAUUCCUGGAUCCAGCACUUUGGAAACCUUUGGCUGAUUUCUGUCACAACGUCUUGAAUGUAGAGCUGGUGAAAGAAUACACCGAACAAUGUGUGGUGGAGUCAGAUGUUGUCUAA